ACUGUGUAAAUAAUCAAACUACCAAAAUGAAAUUCUUCAUUGUCUUCUUCUUCGCUUUGAUCGCUGUGGCUCUUGCCGCAGGACGUGGAAACCAGCAGGGACAUGGUCAGCAAGGAUUCGGUCAAGGAGGACAGGGUCAGCAAGGAGGACACGGCCAGCAAGGAUUCGGUCAGGGAGGCCAAGGAGGACGUGGACAGCAAGGAGGACACGGCCAGCAAGGAUUCGGUCAGGGCGGACAGGGAGGACAUCAACAGGGAGGACGUGGAGGUGGACGUUACUAAAGAGAUUGAAAAAUAAAAAUCUGAAAGCUCAA